AUACAAAAUCUACAGCAGCACGUUGUUCUGUAGCGAAAGAUGUUAUCACGUGAUUUCCACGGAAGUUGUUGCUGUUGCUUAGUUACCCAAAGAUGGCAGAGGAACCAAGCCAAAAGAGUGAAGCUCUGCAGGAAAGAAAUCAAGAUGAAGGAUUACAAGAAGGUAUUGAGAAAUGGCUUGACAGAACUUCAAGAGAGACUACCGAAAGUGAUAGCUACGGGCUUCAGCCGCAUGAUGCUGUGCAUCCAAUAGUGAUGAGUGACAAGAUUGAGUCCCGGGCAUCAUCAUUGUCAUCAAUUUCACAGAGAUUAGAUGACACACCUGCUGUCGCACAACAUGGAGAGUCAGAAGACACAGGAGUGGUUAUUUCAUCUCCUCGGAGUGAUUCUGUUCUCAUUCGCCAUGAGCAUUACCUGAGUGGAUCAGAUAGCGAAGCUGAACAGCAAGACGAAGCAGAAGAUGAUCAUUCUGGGAUUGGCACUGCCAGUGUUGAAGGGAGUGAUGAAGAUGAAACUGAACUGGUUGUCCUCGAUCCAGAUCAUCCUCUGAUGAAGAGAUUCCAAAUCACUUUGAAAAACUACCUGUUGAAGCAACUUGAGAAGCUGGACCUGGAUGUGAAGGAAAUGUCUGAACAGAUGAAGAAGCGUAAGGUGGAUCGCGAGGAGCUUGGUGUGGUGCUCUAUGGUGUCCAACAGGAACUAGCUCACAUGCAGAUGGCACUGGAAAAACAUCAUGACAGAUGUGGUGGUGUGGCUGUAUUGCGCAGACAGCUUGAGGAAGAGCUUGAAAACAUCAGGAAUCUUUACAGAAAAACACAACUGACAACAAAUGAGGAACGCAAAAAAGUGGCUGAACUACAGACAGAAGUGGAUAACAUGGCUUUACGUCUGUUUUAUACUCAGAACUUAAAUGAGGAUGUGCGUUCGGACAUUGCAGUGAUGAAACGGGCUACACAAAAGGCAGAGGCAGAAAGAACCCAGGCUGAACAACAGAAAAUGAAACAGGAUCUUUUUGUGGACCGCCUGACAAAACAAGUAGAAAGGCUAAAUGAACAGACUGCAAUGUAUGAGGCACAGAUUAUAGCUCAGGCAGAGGAAAGCAAAGCAGCAAAGAACACUGUAACUGAGGCACAAAUGGAGAUUGAUGCCAUUAAUAUGGAGAAGAAGCAGCUGUUACAACAGUGGAAUACUAGCCUAAUUGGGAUGAGGAGGCGAGAUGAAGCUUAUGCAGCAAUGGAGGAGGCACUUAGCCAGGCCAGACAACAGGUACAGUCAUUGGAUACUGAGAUUGAAGUCUACAAGAAAUCCAUCAUAAAGGAAGAAGAGCAAAAUGAGCUGCUAGCUGUCAUCCUUAACCGUGCAGAAUCUGAUGCUGCCAUGAGCAAGAAGCUGAUUGCACAGUGUCAGAUGAAGCAGGAUGCAUUGAAAGCUGAGUACAGCACCUACACUCGUACACUGCAUGAGACAGAACAGGCUCUCAAUCGUAUCAGCUUGGAAAGGGCAACACGUUUGAAUGAGUUGACAACUUUACGCAAGAAGAUUGAGAAUGAGUACUUAACAAGAACAGAACUAGAGGACAAGCUAAUGGAAAAGAUGCAGGAGUGUCUUACUUUGGACAAAGCAACAAAGUACUCUAAUCAACUGAUUUAUAAAUUACGAGCAAAAAAGCGAGAACAGGAGAUGAAACUAGCUAAAGGAGAAAAUGAAGUAGCACAGAUCACACUGGAGAAUAAUCAUAGUAGUACCAGACUGAGCAUGCUCCGGAAGACACUGUCAGAGCUUGACAAGAUGCUAGGACAAAAGAAUUCCCUGAUUUCCAAUUGUGAGAUUGAGAUAGAAAAACGCAACAUCUUAAUAGAGCGCAAGCAAGGAACAAUCAACUUGUACAAUAAAAAGAUUGAGCAAGCCCUUUCCAGUGCUGGGGGCAAAGAGCUUGGACCACUGGAGAUGCAGAUAAAAGCCUUCACAAAACAGGUGGAGGAGCGCAGUACUGAAAUAAUGGAGCUGCAGCAGUACUGGCUACGACUACAGAAUGAUUUGGUCAAGCUAACGCGCGAAAGAGAAGAGCAGGCCACAUCUGUGGAGAUGUUAAAGAAGCAGCUAACCAUACUUCAGCAGAAGAAGAUUCGCACUGAAAAUGGUAUUCAACAGGAGCUAAAUGAGAAAAAAGAUAUUGAACGUCACAUGAGAAAUUUGUCCAAUGACAUGCUGAAGCUGAACAUGCUGCUAAGCAAGAACAGUGCCUCCAAAGAUGAGCUGGAACAGGGCAACAUACUGAUGGAAACUGAAUUCUUACGUGGCCUCCGGGAAGCAGAGAAGGAGUCAGUGGAGUUGCAAGAGAAGUUGCAUCAACUGAAAGAAGAGAAGGAGCGGCUUCUGAUUAACCUGGUAGAGGCAGAACGGCAGAUCUUGCUGUGGGAAAAGAAGUCCCAGCUUGCUAAAGAGACACGAGAUGCUGUGGAUUCUGACGUAGGACAAGGAGAAAUUCGAAUUAUGCGAGCUGAAAUUCACAGAAUGGAGGUUCGCUAUGCUCAGCUGAUGAAGCAACAGGAAAAGAUGAUAAGAGAUAUGGAAGCUGUUGUCUCACGCAGGGAGACUAUUGUGACCAGAGCAGAGGGGCAGGCCAAAAUGGACAAGAAGCUGCCUACAAGAAGUGAAUUUCAGAACAAACUUUUGGACUUGAAAAAAAAGAUAAAAGAAAGUCAAAAGAAUGCAGAUGAGUGUAAUGGUAUUAUAAGGGAAUUGCAGGACCAACAGAACUCCCUCAGUAAAGCACUGAGUGAAAAACAACAACAGUGUUCAGCGCAGCGUGCUGUAUCAGACCAGUUAGAUGUUGACCUGGAAAAACUGCAGGAGAACAAGCAAAGGAAUUUGUCUCAGAUUGUGGCUUACCAAACUCGUUUAAAGCAUCUACAAGCAGUGAAAGAUGAAAAGUAUACACCACUUUGCAAGACAGAGCAGGCACUGGAGAAUGAAAAGCAAAAACAGGAAGAUCGCAUUCACAUAGUUAGUAGCAUCAUGGAUCGCAUUCAGCAGGAGUAUCCUCAGUACCAGGGAACACUACGACAAGUUAGCCUGGUGCUGGCUUCUAGACUGCGAGAAUAAAAUGGUGGCUCUUGGAGGGUGUCCAUCAUCUAGCUGAGAGAGGCUGCCAGCCAUAAUAUUCACUUCAUUGUCAGGGAGUGAUCUGUAUUAUUUUAAGUCAUUGAACAUUUAUGACAAGGAAGUAAGGAUGAAAGGGUACAGUGUGUGCGUGGGUGUAUGAGUGCACCGUGUGCAUGUAUGAUAUAUAAAAAAAAAUAAUACAUACACACAUGCAUAUAUAUAUGUAUAUAUUUCUAUUAGUUUCAUCACAACAGUUAACACCAAAAAACAGUGUCAUAAAACAUUCAUCUGUCCUACAGUACCAGAUAUCUUGUCACCAUUCUAUCCACGCCCUCAGCAGUUUAUCACCACAUAGUCUGCAUCAUAAUUAAAUAUGUCUUUUUAUCUGUAUCUUUUUGGUCCAUUACUUGCUGACCAACAAGCUUUCCCUUAUUGGACUUCAGCCCAUUUGAUCCCUAACAGUGGGAUCUCCAGAACCACUUAACAAGAGCCCACUGGGGGUGGCCAUCUUUACGUUAGCCUUAAGUACUGCCUGCUGCCUGACUGGCAUCCUGGCUAUGAGGCCAUUAUCUCCAGCUUAACCCCUCCCCUUCGCAGAGGUAGUGCAUUCUGUAUCACCGUGGGGGUUGCAAUCCCUUCUGUCUUGCACAUACACAAUACUGAAGGCUACCACUGUUCAGUGGCUUGGAGAACUAGACACCCAACCCAGGUCACAUGCCCUGCUUCUUCCUCCAAAUGUUGCUACAACACUGUGGCUGGCUGGGCUGCCUUCUCCCAAAGAUAAGCCAAACCACCUUCCUGCUAGCACCAUUUAACACUUUAGCCACUAACUGAACUCAGGCCAGUUCAGCUGUAGACAGGGCUUUAUACCUCUGUGCCACAAAUUGUCUACAUAAAUAAACAGAUCUUACCAAAACUGAUUAGAUGUUAAGCCUAUGCCUAGGAAGCCAUGCUACAAAAAAGAAGCGCAUGUAUAAAUCACAAAAACAAAAUACUAAAACUAAGAGAAACAGCCACACACAAAAUGCACUAUAAAAUAUAAAAAAUAAAGGAACUCAUAUGACAGACAUCAUCCUUAUAAUUGCCAGAUAAAAGUGAACAUCACUCAAUACGUACCUACGUAAUACCAACUAAAAUAAUAAGUUACAAUAUACAUAAAUGUUCAGACAGUAAUUAAGCAUUCUAUCCGUCUAUGGUCAUGAGUCAUGUUUGUCAUCUGUAGUGACUGUUAUGAACUGCUGUUACCAUCCAUGGAGUUUACUUAGCAAGAUAGAAAUAGAUUGCCAAGCCUUUCUUCCAUAUCACUCACACACCACAUGAAUACCUAGGGGAAUUUACCAUCACCCAACAGCAUAGUAGGAAACUAAUAAAUAUAAAGAUUACUUAUAUCUCCAAAGAAAGUCACACAACAUGGUGGCCAGAAACCGAAAAGAAGUCCAACGCAAUACAGGAGUGAACUGACCCUCCGACUUUACACAGCUAACAAAAAAAAAAGUCAUUGAAAAAAAUGAAUGAAAUAGAGAAAAAAAAUAGGAUAAAAGCCUCAAAAGGAAGAAACUAUGCACCCAGGUGAAAGCACAUUCAGUGGAACCUGUAAAUAAAGGAAAUAAAAGGCAUUUCACAAACAAGAAAACACUGCAGAUUUGCAUGCUGUUCUACUCUUCUCUUCUUACCAGAAAUGGUACCUGGCACCAUAGCCAAGCAGAGAAAAAGAAAAAAGUAAGUAAAUAAACAAGCUUCCAUUGGUGAUGUGUUACACAUGUUAAAAUGAAGAUUGUAUACCACAUCAUUUCUCACUAGGCUGUCUGGCAGCAUAAAUGUAAUUGCUGUUUCCAUCCCAUUCACCAAUCUCAUCCCUCACCCAAGCACUUAACCUAGUCUAGCAGUAACUAAGACACAGAACAAAACUAAACACAUGCCAUUCCAGGCCCUACCUGCAUAACUCCCUCCCAGAAUACUACUACAAAAAAAAUAGUAACUUUGCACACAAAAUCAACACAUUGAAGAUCCCAAAACAGAACUGCCCACCUAAAUCAAUCCUCUUGAAAUUAAACUUAUUCUUUCUACAACAAAUAAAUUAAAAUAACUGAAUGAAAAAUGAAACACUAUUCACAGCUAGCCAACAUACAUACAUACAUAGAUAACAUUCAUCAGGGUUUUCUGUUUCAUAAAUAAAAUGUGUGUGGAAAAGAGAACAUGUUUCAUGACUUCUGACUUUGCCACUCAUCGCAAAACUUGUCCCCCUAUCCUGAAGUACAAGAUGUUUCAUUAUGUCUAACAUAGUACCAUCCACAUAUUUCAUGUGUAACCUAAAAUUUUUUACAAGAUAGAAAAAUGUGAUAAAAUGCACAUCUGAACUCCAUUGCAGUAUAGUUUAUCACCAGUCUACCAGCAUCCAUUACAAAAUGCAGAGCCACCACUCUUACAGCCUCACCCUUGACUAAGCACUACUCUGCCAAUGCUAUCAGUUUCCAGAACUCAUUUAAAUAUUUUCACUUGCAGAAGCAGUACUCAGCAUAGUCUCAUUCAUUGCAUCAGUGCCCAUCAUUUUCAAAGCCAUAUUAUAAUACAAAAUCGUAUACAUUUGUAUCAUAAGCACUGUGUUAUUCAGCAAAAGAGUCCUACAAAAUGAAGGGCAUUUUAAUGAUAGUAAUUAACAAAGAAGAAAAAACACCCAGAAAAUAUUGUUUUCAUUUGUAACCAAUGGCAAUGGAUAACUUUAAAAAUAAAACAAAAACUGUGAAAUGCUGUGAAUCUGAACAAUGUUCAACAUACAUUUUUUAGAGAUAAGAGCAGAAGGAGCCAUAGAAGUCAUUUUCAUAUUUUUCUUAACAACAUGAUGUGAAUAACUUCAGAACAAAUAGCAGGAUACUACAAGUACAGAAGUUGUUAGCCCUUAACUGUCUGUAAAGUAAAUAGGGUUGUCACCUAUCUGUCUUAUUCUGCACUAUCUGGAAGGCAGAACAAUUGUUUGGAAGUCUGGGAAACACUCUACAAUUUCUGUUAUUCUGUUUAGCAAAACAAACAGAAUACCGGAGUUCCUUAAAUCCCCAACUCUACUUUCCUUUUUCUAAAGAAAAACAUUGCUAAUGCAAUGUGGUGUGAUUGAGUUCAAGACCAGAAAAAUACGACUUUCCACCUCCCCUGCCAUGCCUAUUCACAUCACAAAGUGGGAGUAGGGAGUGAUUGAAGGGCUAGGAAAAGGGGAGAAGAGAUGGGUAGGGCUAGGGAAUGGUGCAGGGAUUGUGGUUUUGGUUUGGCUGUGGGCACAGCAAAGAUGGCAACCCUAAAAGCGAUUACUGUUUUUAUGUAAAAUCAAGACUGUAUCAAGAAAACCACCGGUUCAAGAAUUAUAAUUUUAAUAAUUCUCAAAGUAAAUGAUGCAAACUGUAGCUCUACUGCAAUAAAAUAAUAAAUAUGUACAAACUUGAGUCAUAAACUGCGUUCUCUAUCCCCACACUAUAAAAUAUUUUACAAACAACCUGGUUAAACACUGUUGUUAGUAUUAAACCACUGCUAAGGAAGACAUUUCUAUUGUGAAAUGUUUAGCAUACCCUUCUGAGUGUAUUUAAGUUGGACUUUUGCAAAGGUUGGAUUUUAAUGUCAGAAGUGUUGAAUGUGAUAUAAAUGCUUUCUAAUGGUUGGCUGUUCUUGAUCACUUACUGCCCUUUGGGCUAAGAUUAAGUGUAGCACAAUGAACAUGUGAUUGCUAUAUAAACUUUGGUUUUCAGUUAACUUGCUUUCAUACAUUUGAUGAAGCAUUUGUGACACCAAAGCUUAUGCUAUUUUCUUGAUAAAAGUUUCUGUGGUUCCAGAGCUUGUUUAGCACUUUUUUUUUCUUUACAUCUUCAUCAGAGUAACUGCUUACCUUACAGGUACCCACAGGUCCCUUUUGCUUUUGUGAUUGCUACCACUUUUCCUCUAACUUUUUUACUUCUUUCACAAGUUUUUACUUCCUAGAUGUACUAUUUUGUACUUUUGCAUUGAACUUAAGCUGCCUUGUUUGGUCCACUCCUUGUUUAUCAUUUCUGUUCCCUGUUGUAUUUCAGUCAUGUUGCACACUUUUGUAUUAUCAGCUAUAAGGAGUAUUUUCCUUCUAGACCUUCUGCAGUGUCAUUUAUAAAACAUUAAAGGUAUCCAACCAACCCCAAUACUGAGCCCUUCUAUUCAGUACUGGUGAUCAUCUUUUUAUUUGCAGAGACUGCAGUUACAUUAUUAUUAUAAAGAACUGAUAAAAAACAAAAUAUAAUAUUGUGAGUGUCAUUAUUUUAAUGCUUCAUUGAAGUUUUUGCCAUGGCACUAGAGAAUAAUAAAGAUUUUAUUCAUG